CACAUCGAUUCGCCUGCAGCAUUUUCUGUGCUCGUGAUAGUCUUGUGGAGUGAUGGAGGAGAACGUGCCUCCCUGUGAAGUGAUCAAGGUGAAGGAAACUCCCGAGGCCAUGAUCCAAGCAAAGCCGCUGCAAGAUGCCAGCAAUCGGAUCUCCUCCAAGCUUGCUCCCAGCAGCGCAGAGCUGGAGAAGAGGUACAUCGAUACCAAGCGGCAUGAGAUUUCAGAGAUGCGCUUGCGGAACGAACGCUCCCGUCACAAGGCGGUUCGUGGGGCCAGCCAGAAGAAGCUCUCUGAAAGUGUUGGUUCUGAUGAUUUGAACUCAAGCUGCGAAAGAUUGAGGCGCGGACGCUCUGGGAGUCGAAAGGAGCUCACGGUGCCACGAGGUCCGGUGCUGCACACCUCCUGGCGCCCCCGCAGCACCGAGCGCGGCGUAGGCGACGCGGCGGCCUCGCCCUGGAGCCAGUCGUUGCGUCAACGGGCUCCCGAGACGCCACGGCGCCUGGAAGCUCCACGCUUUGAGGUUUCCAGCCCUGGCCCUGGCGCGAGAACUGGUCGCCGGCUCAACAUGACGCCAGAGUCCGUUCGUUCUGCACGAUCAACCAGCGUUCGCAGUGUGCGCAGUGUGCGUAGUGCGCGCAGUUGCUCCAACUUCAGCAUCGAUUCACGAUGUUCCUCGCAGUGCAGUCGUAUGAGCUCUUUGGAUUUGGAGGAGAUGGCUGCUGAGGAGGGGCGCCGGCGCCUCAAGGAGCUCAUGCGGCAAAAUGCCAAGAGUUGCUAUCAGGCCAUCAACUUCCCAGACAUGCGGCACGGCCAUCAUUCACUGAAGCUCACAGUUCCGGAAGGAUUCAACCUGAGUGUCAGCAAUCGGGCUGAUCCUCCAGGUUAUCCGAAGCAGGAGGAUUGCUCGUCCAUCAACGAGAAAUGGAGCAAGUCUCUCAGGCCUGAGAUGUUUGUGAAGUGGACGCGAGAGCUGACGGUGCCUUUGGGGCCUCAGCUACGGACUUCCAGGACCAGGCGAAGCCUUUCUGCUCGGGAGCACUCCUCAUCACGGAAGCACUCGGUUUCCUGCAAAGGACUGCCAGCACGUGAGAGAGAGGCCAUUGCUCGACAUCUGCAACGUUCCAAGUCGCAGGCGCUGGAAGCUCCCGAGAUUGUGCAGGUGAAGGAAGAAAUGGCUGGCCACGAUUGCCGUGGCUGCGCUGUCAGCCCUUUCUUCACAGCCUUGCCGGUCUGUGUGUUGCUUGGCCGCACACCGGGCCUUGUCCAAGCCUGGUCCGGAUUUGUGUGUCCUGCUUGGCCGCGCCACGCGCCCUGUUUUCUCCGCCUUGGUCCGGGCCUUGUCCGGGCCUUGUCCAGGUGUUUUCUAUCAAUCCAACGAUGCAGAACGGGACAUCAUCCUCGAUUGUUUGUUUUGCUGUUCCCAAACAGCUGGAGGCUAUAGGAAUAUAUUUGCAGACGUUUUGGAUUUCAAGGAAUUGACGCAACAAAAAUCCUGCUGAAACUGUUUGGGGUCUAAGCCCGUCAUAUUUGUCGAUGACGGACGCAGACAUUCUCAUACAAGACAAGUAUUAAAAUGGAUUGAACGGUUUUUGUUUGCAAGGCGCAGCUGACUGAGGAGGA